GGCGGCGGCGGCGGCGGCGGCGGCGGCGACUUCCUCCGGGCCGGGCCGGACAGUGCACGGCCAUGGCCGAGGCGGCCGCGGCUCCGAUCUCCCCGUGGACGAUGGCAGCCACAAUUCAGGCCAUGGAGAGGAAGAUCGAAUCGCAGGCUGCCCGCCUGCUUUCGCUAGAAGGGCGGACGGGGAUGGCCGAGAAGAAGCUGGCCGACUGCGAGAAGACGGCCGUGGAGUUCGGGAACCAGCUGGAGGGCAAGUGGGCCGUGCUGGGGACCCUGCUGCAGGAGUACGGGCUGCUGCAGAGGCGGCUGGAGAACAUGGAGAACCUGCUGAGGAACCGAAAUUUCUGGAUCCUGCGCCUGCCCCCGGGCAGCAAGGGGGAGGCCCCCAAGGAGUGGGGCAAGCUGGACGAGUGGCAGAAGGAGCUCUACAAGCACGUGAUGCGGGGCAACUACGAGACGCUGGUGUCCCUGGACUACGCCAUCUCCAAGCCCGAGGUCCUCUCCCAGACUGAGCAGGGGAAGGAGCCAUGCAGCUGGCGUCGCCCGGGCCCCAAGGUUCCAGAUGUUCCUGUGGACCCGAGUCCAGGCUCGGGGCCCCCAGUUCCUGCCCCUGACCUCUUAAUGCAGAUCAAGCAGGAGGGCGAGCUCCAGCUCCAGGAGCAGCAGGCUCUGGGGGUAGAGGCAUGGGCAGCCGGACAGCCAGAUAUCGGGGAGGAGCCGUGGGGCCUCAGCCAGCUGGACUCCGGAGCAGGAGACGUCUCUACAGAUGCUGCCUCUGGCGUCCACUCCAACUUUUCAACCACUCUCCCACCCACUUCCUGGCAGGCGGACCUCCCUCCCCACCAUCCUUCUUCAGCAUGCUCAGACGGGACACUGAAGCUCAACACAGCGGCCUCCACGGAAGCAGAUGUAAAAAUUGUGAUAAAAACAGAAGUCCAGGAAGAGGAGGUGGUGGCCACACCGGUGCAUCCUACUGACCUAGAGGCUCAUGGGACCCUGUUUGGACCAGGCCAAGCCACAAGGUUUUUCCCUAGUCCUGUCCAGGAAGGAGCCUGGGAGAACCAGGGCAGCUCCUUCCCCAGCCAGGACCCCGUGCUGGGGCUGAGAGAGCCCGCCCGGCCUGAGCGGGACAUGGGUGAGCUCAGCCCGGCCGUGGCCCAGGAGGAGACCCCCCCCGGGGACUGGCUCUUUGGGGGGGUCCGGUGGGGCUGGAAUUUCAGGUGUAAACCCCCUGUGGGCCUGAACCCGAGGACUGGGCCCGAGGGGGUGCCCUACACCUCCCCUGACAACGGAGAGGCCGUGCUGGACCCCACCCAGGCCCCGAGACCCUUCAGUGACCCCUGUAAAUACCCCGGCCGGACAAAAGGCUUCGGCCACAAGCCAGGCCUGAAGAAGCACCCCGCAGCCCCUCCGGGAGGGCGGCCCUUCACCUGCGCCACGUGCGGGAAGAGCUUCCAGCUGCAGGUCAGCCUGAGCGCGCACCAGCGCAGCUGCGGGCUGCCGGAGGGGGCGCCGGGGGGCGCGGCGGCGGCGGCGGCGGCGGCGGCGGCGGGCGGCGGGGCGCGGGACGGCAGCGCGCUGCGGUGCGGGGAGUGCGGGCGCUGCUUCACGCGGCCGGCCCACCUCAUCCGCCACCGCAUGCUGCACACGGGCGAGCGGCCCUUCCCCUGCACCGAGUGCGAGAAGCGCUUCACCGAGCGCUCCAAGCUCAUCGACCACUACCGAACCCACACGGGCGUGCGGCCCUUCACCUGCACCGUCUGCGGCAAGAGCUUCAUCCGCAAGGACCACCUGCGCAAGCACCAGCGCAACCACGCAGGGGGGACCAAGGGCCCGGCCCGCGGCCAGCUCCUCCCGCCCCUCCCGGCCGGCCCCCCGGACCCCUUCAAGAGCCCGGCCUCUAAAGGACCCUUGGCCUCCACAGACCUUGUGACCGACUGGACUUGUGGCCUGAGCGUCCUGGGACCCAGCGAUGGCGCGGACCUGUGAGCCACCCCCCCCCCCCGAGGCUGGCCCGGGCGCCCGGCCCCUUCGCCCCCGCAGACCGCGCGUGGCCGAAGUCCCACUCGACGUCGGGGUGGUGGUGAAAGCGGAGGCGGGAACGGGAGCCUGGGGGAAGCAAAUUUCCAAGUUGCUGAACUGAUCACUGGAAAAAGAGACACUAUCCGGCUUCCACCCCUAAACAAAGUAGAAUUCUCUGAUUGUGAAACUGAGCAACAUAGAAUUUUAAGUAAUUUAAUUAUGAAAACUUUUUUUUUUUUUUUAAUUCUUGACGAAAAAAGCUGGAAAAUAGUCGUAGCACCAGUUUAAACUUUAUAGUGUACUUUUGGUUUCCGGAGCGUGUGUUUGUGUGGGCUGUGUCCUUACCAAGUCUGACAGUGAGUGUGCCCGGAGUUGGCCGGCUGGGGACACAGGCCCCGCUGAUGUCUAGGGAUGGGCUGGUGGUGGCACAGAGUUGGGGGGAGUUGAGACCACCCCCUACAAAAGCUAUGCUCAGCCUGGGGCGGAGCAGGGCUGCAAGCUGGUCCCAUCACCACCUGCUCUACAAUGUGGAAACAACCCCCACCUCGUGUCAGCUGGGAGAAGGACUUGCCCACCAGCAGCCAGUACCAUUUCCCAGCUCUCCUCCAUCUGAAAAGGCCCCCAAACGUGCUGGCCUAUUAUGGGCCAUCUGUCACCCCUAUCAAAAGGGGUUUGGGUGGUGUCACCCUGUUAGGUGACUCAGAGCCUUAUAACAGAGAGUCAUCUGAAAACCCAGUGUUAGGGCUGCAGAGGUGAGGCAGCUGAGGCGGGCAAGUGGAACCCUUCGAUGUCACAUCCCAGCAGAGCCAGGAACAAAGCCUGGCCUGCCCACCCCGGAGUGGGGCCACUUUCCACUCCCAACGAAAUGCCUCUCUUUCCUUUUCUCUCUGUGUGGUGUUUCUUCAUUGUCAAAAUGCUUUCACUUCGCAUCUCAUUUGAUUACUGUGACCUUGUGAAGCACGCAGGACAAGUGUUCUUUCUUGUUAGAGAUGAGGAAAUAAAUUCCUCAAGGGGGACACAUCCCAGCCUCGCUCGGUGAGUGCAAGCUGCCGUGCCCGCAGUCGAGGAGGGGCCUCUGAUUAGACACAGCUCAUCCUCCUGGAGCAUCAGUUUUGGGGGAGGGAAGGUUUUCGUCUUUGCCCUCUUAAGAUUUGUGCCACAUGUGCUGGAGCAAAAUCGUCAGGCAUCAAGAUGUAGCUGAGCACCGGCCCCUCUGGUGUGCGUGCACACCAUCCCCACCCCCACCGCAGGGGGUGCCCGGUGGCAGGUCUGAGAGGCUGAGCGAGGGCUGAGCGCUUGCUCAUUCCCCGUCUGACAUCUUAGAGGUAGAAUUAGAAAUGGCCCAGCUUCCUUGAUUCUACCGCAGUGCUGUCCCUCCUACACGAGUAUCCAUCCCAUUUUGUUGGAGCAGCCACUGGACUGGUUCCCUUCCCCCAAAUGGGUCAUUUGUUUCCCCUGAGGAGCAAGAAACCAUGGCCUCUGUUCAGUCAGCUCCCUCAUGCGUACUUUUAUUAGGCAAUAGACUAGUUAAGAAAAUUGUUUCUAUGUACUGUAUAUUUUGUACCUGUUUACACUUCUAAUAUUGAUAUAACUGAUAUUUUGAAAAACAAAGAGGAAACAUCCUGUUAAAAUAAAACCUAACCAGCACCAAGGCGCUUUGGUUGGUUCCAUUCUUAGACCGGUGCUUCGGCACUGAGGCCUCCAAACCCCUCUUGCUCACGAGCUGUGUGGCCAGCUUCCUCCCACCCUCCCCCUGCGCUUGGUCACCUCAGACCUAGGGAGGCCACCGUCCCUGAGAGCUAGGAGUGGAAGAAUCCAGAGACGUUUGACACCGUGGAGGGAAAACCAUAGUGCAUCCCGUCACCGGGCUUCAGAAUGUAAUCAUGGUUUGUGUAAUUUGGCUUUAUGUAAUUUGAUGUGAUGUACGUGAAGAUAGGUCUGGGGGGGAAAAGGGCAGAAUAUCAGAAAACAGCGGGUGCUGGAUGUUCUCUCCUUGCAUCUUGGCUGGGCAGGGGCGAGGGGAGGACUGACGAUGCCUGGGGUGGUGGUUAUCCCGGUCCCGGAGCGAAGUCCGCCUGUAGCGUCUGAGCCAGACUCACACCGACGUUCCCAUCAACCGGAGUUAACGAUUGUUAAUGUUUUCUCUCGUGUGUUCCGUCUCUUUCACAUUUUGAUCUUUGUCUUUUUAAGAAAAUGAAAAUGUAAAAUAAAAUCUGCGUAAAAUUG